AUGGAAACCAUCAAAGGAUGUAGUGUUAUUCGCUCUCAAAGAAAGCAAAACAUCUAUACAAAAGAAAACGAAAGACUGGUUGACCAACUUAACCUGGCCAUCUUCACACAAAUUGUUGCUCAGAGAUGGAUUGCUCUUAGAUUGAAAUUUUUUGGGGUGAGUGUGGUUCUAUUUACAGCAUUAUCGUGUCUGAUAGGUCAUGUCUCAGCUACCAUGACAGGUUUAUGCCUUUCCUAUGCAUUAUCUGUCACCAAUAACGCAGAGUGGUUGGUACGGUACUCCACAGACUUGGAAAAUGAUAUGAAUGCUAUUGAGAGAAUUCUUCAUUAUUGUCAAGAACUACCACAUGAAGAGUCAAAUAAUGAAAUUUCAAUCACUGAUUGGCCCUCCAAUGGAACUAUUAUGUUGAAGAACGUCUCUUUGAAAUAUAGUACAGAUUCCGAGUUUGUGUUAAACAACAUCAAUGUGGAAAUUCAUCAAGGAGAGAAGAUCGGAAUUAUUGGAAGAACAGGGUCUGGAAAAUCCAGCUUGUUGUCUAUUCUCACGCGUUCAGCUGGUUAUGUGCAAGGCGUUGUACAGAUCGAUGAUGUGGACAUUGAGAACAUUAGUGUUAAAAUGUUGAGGUCUAAAAUUGCAGUCAUACCUCAGGAAUCUUCCAUGUUUUCUGGAUCAUUAAGAUUCAACAUUGAUCCUCUUAAUCAAUUUGAAGAUGAGAAAAUUUGGCAUGCUUUGGAGAAAGUUAACAUGAAAGAUAGAGUUUUACAAAUGGAUAAUGAGUUACAAUUUCCAGUGUCCGAGAAUGGAGAGAAUUUUUCAAUGGGAGAGCGUCAAUUACUAUGUAUCUGUAGAGCUCUUCUUAAGAAUUCAAAGAUAGUAAUAAUGGAUGAAGCUACAUCUCAUAUUGAUGAAGAGACAGAUUUCACUGUUCAAGAAAGCUUGAAAAAAGAGUUCUCAGACAAGACUGUUCUCAAUAUUGCUCAUCGCUUGAACACUAUUACCGACUCAGAUCGUAUAAUGUUAAUAGAAAAUGGUUCAUUGAUUGCUUUUGACAUCCCAGAAAAUGUUUUUCAAAUUUUGAAAUGA